AUGGGUGGAAUCCAGCCAGCUCAUUACGAUCCGGAAACAGUCAAAGAGUUAACUAAGGAAUUAUUAGUGGCAUCUGGUAUAGGAGCUGUUAGGGGUGCUGCCAUCGGACUUACAACUGCCCUGCUGUUACGGAGAUUCUCGACGGUGUACCGUACAGUAAGGAUACAGGUGCGUGUGUUCUACCAUAUUUCAUGGAUCUCCAUGGGAGCGGUCUUCUACGCUGAUAAGCAGCUCAUCAAGUUCCAAAACCGGUACUACGAGAAUGAGUCUAAAAGACGGUCUAAGAUUCUAGACGAGGCAGCUGAAAGAGGUAUAUUUCUAGAAGAUGACUCCGUGGUGACCCGCACCACUUCUUGA